GAGUCCUUCCCCUCGGCCUCGGAUCCGCGCUCUUACGUACUGAGGUGUUCCGGGGAGAUGGCGCUCAGCUCAGCCUGGAAACGAAUGUCGUGGCUUUAUUACCAGUAUCUCCUGGUGACGGCCCUCUACAUGUUGGAGCCGUGGGAGCGGACGGUGUUCAAUUCCAUGUUAGUGUCUAUUAUUGGAAUGGCACUUUACACUGGCUAUGUUUUCAUGCCUCAGCAUAUAAUGGCCAUCUUGCAUUAUUUUGAAAUUAUGCAGUGAUGAAUCUCAUAAGCAGAAGCCAGUUAGAAGUUGAACAUCAGACUGUUAAGAAAAUUGAUCAUUUACAACUUGAGGAUUCCUACAGAUGGCAAAAUGACCAAGAGUUGAUUGUGGCUGCCAUUGGGGGCACAUGGAGAUGCAAAUGCAUUUUAUUUCUGUACAAGAUUUCCCUUGUAUGAUAUUUUUGUUUAUUGAUACUGUGUUUGUACCUUUGAUAUCAGUA